CUCCACAAAAAAAAAAAACAACUAAACAUGCCCAUGAUAUCUACUUCCCCUCGUUCGUUUCUUCAAACUCCGCCACCGCCGGUGAAUAUAUUUUCCUCCGGCGACAAUUCUCUUCUAUCACCGUCUUCCGUCAGAUUCCGUCAGUCCGGUAACUUCACGACCGCCGCAGCGGCGACCUGUGCUUCCGUCGAAACUGAAUCUACCACGUCAUCGGCUUCAAGGUACUCGACGAUGCCUUCUAACCUUGUCCAUACUUCUCCGGCGUCUUUCUACGAGAUUCUAGGGAUUCCGAUCGGCUCUACGAUCCAGGAGAUCAAGGCAGCUUAUCGGAGAUUAGCUAGAGUUUGCCAUCCCGAUGUGGCGGCAAUUGAUCAGAAGGACACGUCAGCGGACGAUUUCAUGAAGAUUCAUUCUGCCUAUUCUACUCUAUCGGAUCCGGACAAACGUGCCGAUUAUGACCGCCGCCUAUUCCGGAGGCGCCGGAGUGUCAAUUUGUACUCCGGCGGCUGUUCUCCUUCAGCAAUGUCGGGAUUCACCGGCUAUAGUACCCGGAACUGGGAAACAGAUCAGUGCUGGUAGCUCUCUCCGUCAUUGGAUUCAGAAUUCAAUGCCUGUUGUAUAUUUUUGUGAGGCAUAGUGAUUAGUGGGAAAGAGAUUUUAAAAACGGAAAAAAUAAAACAAAAGAAGAAAAUUAGCUAGAUUUUCUAUGUUUACUGUUAUCUAAUUAGAGUUUCUACUUUGUAUAUGCUGAUUAUUAUAACUUAAUACUAACAUGAAUUUCAAAUCUCAGA